AUGUUAAUUUGCGAAAAAAUUCAAAAGGAAAAUCUUAAGGGAAGAGACAAAUUUGGAAAUAACAUUCUCCACUAUUUGUUCUCUGUUAAAGGUAAAAACCUUGAGUUAUUGAGCAAUAUUCCAGAAGAAGAUAUUAAAUUAAUGAGACAGGAGCCAAACAUUUACGAUAUCACACCAAAUGAAAUUGCAAUUGUAAAUGGUUACAAUAUACAAGGAACUUUUACAAAGAAAUUCAGUUAUGAAGGAUUAGUUAAAACUAUUGGAAAUUCUUGGAACCUAUUUCCCAUUGAUGGAUUAAUUGUUAAUGAUAGAAUUUUAUAUGCAUGUAUGAAUAAUCUGAAAAACACCUCAAGCUCUGAAUUUUCUGAAUAUUUGGAUAUUAAUUUUAGAGAUGUGAAUGGAAAGCAUUUGGUACAUUAUUCCCCAUAUUGUUUUACUGAAACAUUUACAAAGAAUUUGAAUUUAUCAUUGAAGGAUAUUUUAUUUUGCAAAGAUGGCAAUCAAACAAUGCCUUUUCAAACUUCUAGAUCUUUCACAAUUGACAUUUUAGCAAAGAUUGAGGAAUUGCCAAAAUUUAAUUACAUUUCGCAUACUGAUGACUUGGGAAUGUUCAGAUAUUUAUAUAGAUUUGCAUUCGAUUCAUUUCACUCCCUUAUACUGAUGAAAGAAACCAAUUUUAUAGGUUUUGAUUAUUCUUCAGGUCAACCAGAGCUUGUUUCAUUAUGCACUCAUCGUUCAGAUGGUAUUUAUUACUUUUCAAUUGAAAAAAGUCCAUUGAAACAAUUGAGAAAUGUACAUUUCUUUGGAACUGUGGAUGGUGAUGAUAUUUCACAUUAUGUUGUGAGAUAUUAUUUACACUUUAUAAGAAACCACCCACAUCAUUAUGUAAUGAAGGGAAAACCCAUCCUCCAAGCACUAAUAGCAAGAGGAUUAAGAAUGGAUUUUGUUAAAAACUCAAAGGGACAAACAGCUUUUGAUUUAAUUAAUGAAUUAGCAUGUAAUACUCCUGUAAUGCUUGCAAAUUCUAAAUAUUUGAAGAAAGAUGUUAAGAGAGGUCUAGGAAACAAUUCGAAAGCACUUGCAAAGUUUAUUAUUGAACACAAAGGUCCAAAAGAGUUGAUUGUGGAAGAAAGUGAAACAACGCUAGCUCUAAAAUGUGAAAAGGUAGCUCACUUUAGUAUCAAAAUGAAACGAAAGCUUUAUUUUGAAUACAAGCCAAAACCGACUGAAAAGAUUUGA